CGAACAUCGAGCACCCGAACUGCUUCUUCAAUUUAAUAUCGAAGACAACUGUCGACUGUAACACAUGCCCAGCUCGAGCUGAGGAUCAAUGGCACGUACAAACACCCGCGGUCGCAUUUUGUCUCACGCUGAGACUCGUAUUUUCGACAGCGAAUGCAACCACUGAUUUGAGUGUUAGUUCUGUUCGGUCUUCCCCAACUUCUGGGGCCUUGGGUGACACUCCGCAGGGCGCCGAAUUCAAUACGAACGCGUUCGAAUCCACUCCACUGCGGUCCUUUGAAAAUGCCAAAGCAUUGAAGGCCGAUUACCAACUAGACCGAUCAAGGGCGCAUGCUGAUUCCCAUCGUCUCUUGUAAGUGUCCGCCGUGUCUGACGCGGAUGACUCGAAGAGAUCGAGCUACAAGGUGGCAAUGCUUACGCAGCGCGUUCAGCUGCAACUCGGGCCAAGCUAAAUCAAAGGACGCGGCUGUCAGAAAAGCUGUGCCCGGUCAAUCCAGCGGCACCGGCAAGGCCACACACAAGGCCUUGAGGAACGGAUCUGGCGAUGGGUCUUGGAGGUGGCGGCAGUGCCUGUGGAUCAACCUGUAGCAAGUCAGGCGAGCGUGCCUAGUGGUAGAUCUCACUCAGCCCUGCAACAUAGCAUACAUGCUUAUUACAUUGCUCAUUCCCCGAUUACACUCCUCAUAACACCGUCUUUUAUCUCUAUGCCACAUAAAACAUCUUUGUGCCCGCAGACCAAGUACCAUCCGACUUCGAUCCAUCGGGCUCAUCCGGGCUUCUCUAAGUUUCCUUGCGUCAUCGAUCGAACCUAUCUUGUAUCCAUCUUCAUCUCCCGACCAUGAAGUACGUUCGUCUCGGAAACAGCGGAUUGAAAGUCUCUCGUAUCAUCCUCGGGUGUAUGAGUUAUGGGUCGCGUGGAUGGCAAACCUGGGUGCUCGAAGAGGAAGAGUCGCUCAAGCAUAUCAAGGCUGCAUACGAUGCAGGAAUUAACACAUUUGACACAGCCAACACCUACAGCAACGGUGUUUCUGAGAUUAUCCUGGGUAAAGCCAUCAAGGAGUUUAACCUCCCGCGGGAUGAGAUCGUCAUUAUGACUAAGGUGUUCUUUCCCACCGGCCACACCGCCGACACACCCGCUUACAUGAUGGACCCGGAUGCAAACGGCUACGUGAACCAACACGGUCUCAGUCGCAAGCAUAUCUUUGAUUCUGUCAAGAGAAGUCUGGAACGUCUCCAGCUUGACUAUAUCGACGUUCUGCAAUGCCACCGCUUCGAUGAAAACACUCCGAUUGAAGAAACGAUGCAAGCCCUGCAUGACGUCGUCCAAGCGGGAUACGUCCGGUACAUCGGGAUGUCGUCGUGCUGGGCCUGGCAGUUUCACGCGAUGCAAAGUGCGCUUGUCCAGAGUCCUUCUCUCCUGCUAGAUUCAGAUGUCCUUUCGACAGACUAUGCCAUCCAGAACAAGCUGACCCCGUUCAUCUCGAUGCAAGAUCAUUACAGCAUGCUCUACCGCGAAGAAGAGCGUGAGAUGUUCCCCACUCUGAAGCAUUUCAAAGUCGGCUGCAUUCCGUGGUCACCCCUGGCCCGAGGACUCUUGACGCGCCCGCUCUCAGAACAAAGCAAGCGUGGUUCGGUUGAUCGGACGAUUCCGGCUUUCCAUAGUGAGGCCACGACCAACAUCAUCAACCGAGUCGAGGAACUUGCCAAGAAGAAGGGCAAGACUAUGGCCCAGAUUGCGCUCGCUUGGGUUUUGGCUAAAGAUAUGGUGACCGCUCCGAUCGUUGGAACAACUUCGUUGGAUAACCUCCACGAACUCCUUGCUGCCACCGAGAUAGAAUUAAACGAGGAGGAAGUCAAACAUCUCGACGAGCCCUACCAGCCGGGAAAGGUUAUUGGUCAUUCGUAAACACUUGAUGUAAAAAUUCAAUGAUUUAUUGUACGGUUGAAUCUCGUUAUCG